UUGUGAUUUUUCUCCCACCAAAGUCUUUGCAGUUUCUGAAAAAAAGACCAAGUCUUCCUUCCUACUAAUCCAAUGAGAUGACUGCCUCUUUUUAUCAAUCUCCAUGAACUUUCUUAAACAGAAAAUAUUGAACACACCUAUAAUAUAUACUUGUCCUAAACUUCACUUCAUUAUUAUUGAAUGGACCUGUAAGUUAGUUACAAAUUAUGUUCAUUUGACAAUAGAAGCUGAAAUAUGAUGAAUUCCAGGCAGGAGAAAUAUGUAAGGUUUCAGGACUGGAAGUCAGAACAAUCAUCCUUCAGCAUUGACCAUCAAAAUUCUCCGGAUAAUAGGCCAUUUUAUUUCAGAAAACCAUCAUUUAACUCGUUGAUGAGCAGUGCCAAAAGAAGGCUCGAGAGGGGUUCUGAAAGAAUUUGUAGCUGGAGAAAAUCAAUUCGCGUGCAUCCUCUAACUGAUAAGCCAAUAAAAGAUCAAUAUGUAGCAUCAAAGAAGACAGUUCUUGAUCCUCAGGGGCGAUUUCUUCAGCUAUGGAACAAAGUAUUUGUAUUGGUUUGUGUAAUUGCGGUGUCACUUGAUCCAUUGUUCUUCUACAUUCCUGUCAUUGAUAACAAAAAUAAGUGCCUCGAUUUGGACAAGACGUUAAAGAUCACUGCUUGCGUUCUGCGUUCUAUCAGUGAUGUUUUCUAUAUCUUUCACAUUAUCUUGCAAUUUCGUACUGGCUUCAUUGCUCCUCCUUCACGAAUUUUUGGAAGGGGUGAGCUGGUUGAAGAUUCCUAUGCUAUAGCCAAGCGAUAUUUGUUAUCUUAUUUCAUCGUUGACGUUGUAGCUGUCCUUCCACUCCCACAGAUUGUAAUAUUGCUUAUCACUCCCAACGCGAAUGGCCCCAUUGCUUUGGCGACGAAAGAAAUGUUGAAGAUUGUCAUUUUUGCUCAAUAUGUUCCAAGAAUUUUUAGAAUUUAUCCAUUGUACAAAGAAGUAACAAGGACUUCAGGCUUAUUUACUGAAAGCGCAUGGGGUGGAGCUGUUUUCAACCUUUCCCUCUACAUGCUAGCCAGUAAUGUAAUUGGAGCCUUUUGGUAUUUGUUCUCAGUAGAACGCCAAGAUACAUGCUGGCGCAGUGCGUGUGACAAGAUCCCCACCUGUUCGUUAGACUACUUAUCUUGUGACAGAAAUGGGAAUGGAAAUGCUUUCUUACUGAAUUCUUCUUGCCCUCUCCUCCAACAAGAAGAUAUAAAAGAUCCAAAUGUCUUUGAUUUUGGAAUCGCUCUUGAUGCUCUUCAGUUUCGGGUUGUGGAAAAAAGGAAAUUCUGGACCAAACUCUUCUAUUGCUUUUGGUGGGGGCUGAGAAAUUUAAGUUCUCUUGGCCAAAACCUUAAGACAAGCACUUUCGUCGGAGAGAUUCUCUUUGCGGUCUUCAUCUCAAUUAUCGGGCUUAUCUUGUUUUCCUUGCUUAUUGGCAAUAUGCAGAAAUAUUUGCAAUCUAUCACGGUUAGAGUAGAAGAGAUGAGAGUGAGAAGGCGGGAUGCAGAACAGUGGAUGUCUCAUCGCAUGCUUCCUGACAAUCUGAAAGAGCGAAUUAGAAGACAUGAACAAUACAAAUGGCAAGAAAACAGGGGAGUUGAGGAAGAUUUACUGCUUCAUAAUCUUCCUAGAGACUUGAGGAGAGAUUUAAAGCGCCAUCUCUGUUGGUCUUUGCUGAGAAAAGUUCCUAUAUUUGAGAAAAUGGAUGACCAAUUACUGGACGCAUUGUGUGAUAGACUGAAACCAGCACUCUUCACAGAAAAAAGCUUCAUAAUCCGAGAAGGUGAUCCAGUAGAAGAAAUGCUCUUUCUAAUGAGAGGUACACUGUUAACUAUGACCACAAAUGGUGGAAGGACUGGUUUUUUCAACUCUGCUCAUCUCAUGGCUGGUGCCUUCUGUGGAGAUGAGCUUUUGACAUGGGCUUUAGACCCCCAUCCUUCCUCCAGUAGUCUUCCUAUUUCGACUAGAACAGUGGAGGCUGUAACUGAUAUAGAAGCUUUUGCCCUCACUGCUGAUGACCUCAAGUUUGUCGCCGCGCAGUUUAGACGUCUAAAUAGCAAGCAGAUUCAGCAUACUUUCAAGUUCUGCUCACAACAGUGGAGGACAUGGGCUGCAUGCUUUAUACAAGUAGCAUGGCGUCGACACUGCAGGAAUAAGCUCGAGAAAUCUUUACGAGAGGAAGAAGAUAGACUGCAGGCUGCAUUAGCUAAAGAGAGCACAAAUGCACCAAGUCUUGGAGCUACCAUUUAUGCAUCAAGGUUUGCUGCUAAUGCGCUGCGCGCCUUGCGAAGUAAGCGCACAACUGCUGCAAAAUUACCUCCCACAUUACCUCUGCUGCUUCAUAAACCAGCUGAACCAGAUUUUAGUGAGGAAAAUGAUAUCAUCUAGAAAUGUUAGAAGAUGUUCAUAUUGUUGGAGUCACAUUUCCUUUAUAUUUUAUAAAACAACUUCUUGGGUAGUA